UGCUGGACUACAAUGCAGCAAGCGUCUUGAUGACCCUGUUCUGUUUAAUGUUUAUAAACGUUUCAUUAUAAUAAUACGCACUGAAUUAUAUAAUUUACGUUAAAUAUUUAAUUCUUUUUAAGUAUAAGAUUAAAAUUUUACCUUUGAUAAACUGUCAAUCAGGUACAUCGGUUGAAACAAUUUAAAUAGAAAAGUACAAAUAAUAAGCGCUACCUGACCAUGAUGACGUGGGCGUCUGCAGAAGUUGUCUGCAAUUUUCUGAGUUUUACAGUAGUGGCACUAUGUAUUAUCAUGAAAGUGCCGCAGAUUUGGGGAUCGUUCAGAUCUGGAAACACAAAUGGAAUAAGCCUUCCCAGUGUUAUGCUGGAACAAACAGGGUACUCCAUAAUGCUGUCCUACAGUUUUGCCAUGGAGUAUGCUGUAAUGAACUACUUGGAGACAGGAUUCCUUCUUGUUCAAAAUUGGUUUAUGUUGGGCUUGAUAGUGUAUACAAGAAACCUGCUGUCACCUAAAGUGCUGCUGCUUUUGGCCAUAUAUAUGGUGGUGUUUUCCUCGAUUGCUUACAAAGCAUUACCUGAUCUUGUUCUAAAAUCUGCCAUUAGUUUAUGCACGCCUUUGGGAGUGUCCAGUAAGCUGACACAGAUAGUGGCUCUGUACAGAAGCAAGCAUCCAGGCAGACUGAGCGCUCUAACCUGGGGCAUAGCGGGAUAUGGAUGCUAUGUUCGAAUUCUUACCAAUGUAGUGUUCACUGGAGACCUCUUCAUAAUUCUCAACUUUACCAGCAGUGCAGUGCUCAACACAACCAUGGUGGCCAUGAUCCUCUACUAUACACAACAAGUGAAAUCCAAACUCUACUGAAGGCAGUGAAAGGAGUUUUACUUUACUUAUGUACAUUUUUCCAAAUCGGGUAUUUGUUGGAUAUUACUGUCUAUUUUAUAUUGUAUUUUAUCACAUGCUAUACCCUGUUUUCAAUGUAAUACAACCAUUACAUAUUAUUUUUUUUACACAUGUGUAAUACAACAUUUUUAAGCGUU